UUAUAUACAUAUAUAACAGACAAUGUCAACAAGAGUAUAUAUUGGACGUCUUUCUCGUGAUGCUACAAAACGUGAUUUAGAACGUUUAUUUAAAGACUAUGGAGAAAUUCGUGAAAUUAAUCUCAAAUCUGGUUUUGGUUUUGUUGAGUUUGGUAAUGAAAGAGAUGCCAAGGAUGUUGUUUAUGAUUUCCAUGGAAAAAACUUUCUUGGUGAACGUUUGAUUGUUGAAAUUGCUCGUGGUGCUCGUCGUAAUGAUGAGAGACGUAAUAAUGGCAAUGACCGUCGUCGUUCUCAUUAUAGAUUGAUUGUUGAAAAUAUUGCUCCUGGAACAAACUGGCAGGACCUUAAGGAUAUGAUGCGUAAAGCUGGUGAAGUUACUUUUGCUGAUAUCAGUCGUGAUCGUCCUUCUGAAGGUAUUGUUGAAUUUGCUGUUCGUGAUGAUAUGGAAUAUGCUCUCAAGAAAUUGAAUGAUCGUGAAUUGAAUGGUCAAAGAGUGACUCUUCGUGAGGAUACGGGUCGUAGUAGUCGUUCUUCUCGUCGUUCUCGCUCUCGUUCCAAGUCUCGCAGUCGUAGCCCUCCUCGUCGUCGUAGACGUUCACCAUCUGACUCUCGCAGUCCUCCUCGUCGUCGUUCUAGACGCUCUCCUAGUGCCUCUCGAUCCCCUCCUCGUAAGAGAGAUAGACACGAUUCUUCCCGUGAAGAUAGUCGAAGAAGACUUAAGUCUGAAUCUCCUGCCCAAUCUCCUGAUAAUCGAUCUCAAUCUCCUGCUCGAUCCCCUGCUCGAUCCCCUGCUCGUAGUGAAGGAAGUGUUGCCAGAGACGAUUAAAUUUGUAGUGAGUAAAUAUUAAAAUUCAAUUAUACACACACAAAAGGGAAAUAAAUUUUUAUUGUUUUGUUUUAAAAAAAGUUGUGAAAUAAAAAAGGAUCUUUUGAAAUUU